CUCCAUACGAGCAGCGUCGCCUGACGCCAGUCUGUCCGAGAUUCAAGUGACGGAAAGAUCGGUUUCUCUGGUCCAGCGCGAUCCGCGUUCGCGUCUCGUAUCCUUUUCCUUCUAAUGCGUGAUCCUCACGAUCUAUCUGUGGGUUGGAUCGCGUUACGCGGUCACCACGUGACAGAGGAAUCGCUGCACGACUUCGGAAAGUGUGAAGUGCAUGAAAAAAGUGUUCUCGGUCCAGUGUUGUCGCGUGUGUCGUUCCGAGGCCAAUUCUGACCAGAUUGAGAGGGUUGCGUGUAUCUGUGCGAUAUAAUUCUCCUGUAGUUGGUCACUGGAAACAGGGGACGCGUUUCUCUACUACGGAAAAGCAUUUUUUUCUAUAGCCUUGGUGAUUUUACUUUGAACUGAUCCAUUACUUCGUUAACGGAGUGAGCAUAAGUUGAACAUAAGUGUAUGAAGUCAGCUAUCGUUGUUCGUUGAAUAGGAUAUAAUCGAGCGACACGCAGUGUAACAGUGAUUCGAUGUGGAUUUUUUGUCGGUCUCGAAUGAUCGAUCGGAGUUCCUGUCUUUAGAUGGUGGCUCGUCGAAAUUGCUCGGAUUAUCGAUAUGUUCGUAUUAGGUACUGAUUCUCUGGAAUAAUAACGUUUCGUUUUAUUUGAAAUUUUCUCUCGAAACGUGUCUACACACAAUUUUCUGGAAACGGUGUAUAUACGAGAAGCAAUAAAGAAAUGUCCGCGUAAUAACGGAAGAAGGAAAUUUGAAAAGCUUUGGUCGGUCCAAAGAGUAAAAAAGAAAAAGAAAAUAAAGAACAGUGGUAAAACGGUGGAUGUAAUUCGACAGUAUCCGGUGCCUUCUUUUCUCUAUCCGCUCCGACGAGCCGGGUCGUAAGGAUGAAGCGAACCGGUAAACAUCGGAGCCAUGGCUUUCUCUUGGGCAUCAUUAGGGCGGGCGCUUUUUAUUUGUACCGCCAUAUUAAACACGCUAUCAGAAACGAGAUCGUUUUUUUGUAACUUCGACGAUAUUUUCAAAAUGAUUCCAACCGUUCUUUGGAUUUUCUCAAAACGAUCGAUUUCACCUCUUCAAACUUGAUCUUCAAUCAUAUUUUUACAUGGAAAAAAUCGGAAUAUAAUAUGUCAUCGAAAAUAUCGUACGAGAAAUAACAAACAGAGAAGCAUACUGCGCAAUAUUUAUGUUUCAUAACGUUCGCUUGGGAAAUGUCUACGUCCGCAUGUUGACUACUCGCAGGAAGGUAAUCAGCGAGUUUUCCAAGAAAGGUGGAUAAACAUUGUUUUGAACGUAAAAAGGAACUUGGUUUACAUAGCAAACUCGUUCAACUCUCGCCGAUAAUAACAUCCAACGGUAUCUCCAGAAUUAUAAAGAUGACGUAAAUGUAUUCGUACGAGAAUUCGAGCGUCAUCGUGUCGAAACGGAGCCUUCGGCCAGUCAUUUCGGAAUAUCGUGAAGCUCGUUUCGAGACCGAUCGUCUACUGAUGCAUCCUGGACGCGCACCAGGCCCUCGUGGCGACGAGGUGGGCACGAUCGCGCGCGUUCCAGCCUCCGGGGGCGGUAGAAGUGUUCGAAGGGGGAAAUGAAAUCUUUGAUCGGAUUCGAGUGAUCGCGAAAGGGAGCAGGCGUGGAGACGGGGUUUCAAGGGCGCGAACGAAGAUGACGUCGUCGAUCCUGGCGCUGCUCGGCCUAAUCCUGGCGACCGCCAGCGCCGAGCUAAGCUCAAGGAUCGUCAGGACAAAGUACGGGGAUCUAUCAGGCGUUAUCGUGACCCUCGAUCGGCACCUCGAGGGCGUCGAGGUGUUUCGUGGCGUUCCGUACGCGUCGCCGCCGAUCGGCUCGUUGCGUUUCAUGCCUCCUGUGAGCAGCGCGUUGUGGCACGGUGUUAAAGUGGCGGACAAAUUCGGACCGGUCUGUCCCCAAAGGCUGCCCGAGCUCAGUGACAAAAUGCCGAAAGGAAGGGUCGAGUAUUUGAGGAGAUUGCUGCCCUACCUAAGGAACCAGAGCGAGGAUUGCUUGUACCUAAACGUCUACGCACCGGUCCAAGCUGGCGCGAGGGACGGUGGAGGAAGGAGAUACCCGGUGAUCGUGUUCGUGCACGGGGAGAGCUAUGAAUGGAGCAGCGGCAACCCUUACGACGGCAGCGUAUUGGCGAGUUACGGGGGUGUCGUCGUCGUCACUAUAAAUUACAGACUCGGCAUUUUAGGCUUUCUAAACGCUAACACGGAUUCGCACUUACGCUCGCCGGCGAAUUACGGUCUGAUGGAUCAAAUCGCGGCGCUCCAUUGGGUGCAGGAGAACAUCGGCAACUUCGGCGGCGAUCCUAGGAACGUGACGUUGAUUGGACACGGUACAGGGGCAGCCUGCGAAUUCUUGAUGACCAGCCACGCGGUGCCAGACGGUCUGUUGUUUCAUCGCAGCGUUCUAAUGUCUGGCAGCGCGCUUUCACCGUGGGCGCUCGUGAGAGGAGCCGCAAAUUACGCUCUGCAAGUUGCCAAACAUCUAAAUUGCUCGUGGGCCGCAAGUGAUUCUCAAGCGUUGCUCAGGUGUCUGAGAGAGGUGCCAUUGAACGCGCUGGUUUCCGUACCCGUGAAAGGAUUGGAAUUCGCGCCCGCCUUUGGACCCAGCGUGGACGGAGUUGUGAUUGAUCCAGGAGAUCCAGAGGAUCAGGAUUUCACCCUGCAAGUGGACACGAUCAAUACGUUGAACAACAUUUUACUACGGAAGGACGUCGUAGCGAAACUCUCGAGGUACGAUUUGAUGAUUGGCGUGGUCCGAUCGGAGGCGUAUUUCGCUUUAACAGCGGAUGACGCGCAAUACGGGAUCGAGGCUGAUAGAAGAACGAAAAUCCUGAGGGAAUUCGUGCGUAACACGUACACGUAUCAUCAAGCGGAGAUCUUGGCGACGAUAAUCAACGAGUACACCGACUGGGAACGGCCUGUGCAACAUCCGGUCAACAUAAAAGACGAAACCUUGGAAGCCUUAGGGGAUGCGAACACGGUGGCACCGGCUACGAGAACGGCAGAUCUUCACAGCCAAUCCCGUCGAAACUCGUAUUUGUACGUAUUCGACUAUCAGUCGAAGUUCGGCGACUAUCCUCAGAAACCAGGCUGCAUCCACGGGGAGGACCUUCCAUAUUUUUUCGGGGCACCGUUGGUAGGCGGCCUGUCUCAUUGGCCGAAGAACUACACGAGGGCAGAGAUGGCUCUCUCGGAGAGCGUGAUACUCUACCUGACGAAUUUCGCGCGCACAGGGAAUCCGAACGAGGGGACGCCUGACAUUGGACCGAUGAGACCCGAGAGGACGAAGUUGAAGAACAUCGAUUGGAUCGCUUACGAAACGGUGCACAAAAAGUAUCUGAGCAUAGAGCUCAAGUCGAAACUGAAGAACCACUACAGGGCGCACAGACUCUCGUUUUGGCUGAACCUCGUCCCCGACCUCCAUAAGCCUGGCUCCGACGACGUUCCAAGAUCGCAUCAUCUUCUCGACACUGAACAGGUGCCACCGAGGUUCGUGCAGAGGGUGCCAACCACGACCAGGAUGACAACGGCGGAAGUAACCCUAGCCGAGAGGGCUCACAACUUCUCGACAGCGACGCCCAGCGAGCUGACGUUCGAGGACUCGACGGUGCAGCCCGAGGACGGUUUCGCCGCUUACUCGACGGCCCUGAGCGUGACGAUAGCGAUCGGUUGCAGCCUCCUCAUUCUCAACGUGCUGAUAUUCGCCGGUGUCUAUUACCAACGCGACAAGAGCAACCAGCACAAUUGUUCGAAGAAACGUCAGGAGAACGGUCAGAUGCCCAACAAUAUUUGCGGCGACCUGGACACGAAGACGGCCGAGAGGCAUCACAUCCAACACAUCCCCCCGCCCGAAUUCGCGGAUCUGCAGAACAAUAGCUGUCACGUGCCCAUGCCGCCCCCACCGCCGAAAAACACGAAACCCGGCAAGCCGGGGCAAAACCUCAUCAUAAGCCCUAACCAGUUGCAACAGGAGAGCAUGGCGAUGAGCGGGACGGGGACGUUGAAGAAGGGGCACAAUCAUCAACAGCAGGUGAUGGACGAGUUGAGGGUUUGACUCCACGAGCACCUCGAGCGGCUCAACUUUUACCAACGAUUCACGAUCCACGUGAAGUUUGGGAUUGGUUUCCAACGAGGUGCUCCUUGGAUUUUCAGAUGCACCGUUCGCUCGUGGAUUAUUCAUGGAAGAGGUUGAAACAGAUCGUUUUUGAAGAAAAUGUUGUCGAACAGUUGUCGUUGUCAGUUACAGUUAACGGAGAAGGAAGAGCAAAUACAUCGAAAAUACGUGGCUGCGAUACAUGGCAGCUGGGUUCGAUGAUUCUACGAUUCUGCAUUGCGACAAUGCGCGAGGAAGAAGCGAAUGGACGAGUAUCUUCUCCAAGAUUCUUUCUCCGAGAAUCUUUUGGAACGUUCGAUGGUGUUCGUUGGCGAUUGAUGCCGAUCCGAAUCCUUUCGAUCGUGAAAUCGUUCACAAAUCUCGCGAGUGUAUAAUAGAGAGAGAGAGAGAGAGAGAGAGAGACAGGUGUGAAAGCGUCUGACCCGUUAUCCUUUUCUACUUAUUCCGCGAAACGAGAAGAGAAGAGAACCGUACGACCAACUGCCGAAAAAUCGUAUAGUCUUCGAUAUUGUAAUAACGAUAUCUUAAGUAGAAAUCUUUUGAUCCUCGAGGAAACGUUCGAGAAUCGUUUCCCGAUGAUCCUUCCAAUCAUCGAAACUUUCGAAAACUUUCGAUUAUUUCUCGAAUCAGAAUUCCUCUUUUUGUAAUCUUCCUUACGAUGAUCCAAACAAUUUGUUCCUUCUUUCUCAAAGAUCAAGGAAUUGAACUUCAUCGAAUUUAUUCCGUUGAAUCCGAUUACGACCGACGCGAUGAAAUAUGCAUUCCGUUUCCAACAUUUGCACUUCAUCGAUGGAAAGGAUCCACGCACGAGUCCGGACACGUUGUUGUUUCAUAGAUCUAUUCUUUCGACAGACGACACGGACGGAGAGGAUUUCUCGUUCGCAUUUCCAUCAUUCGUUCGUUUCCCGUUCGGCCCGUUGACUCGUGCGUUUGAUUCAUUCCUUGUAGAAGCGUUAGAACUUCGAGUUAAGAUCCGUUUGCAUCAUCGACGGCACUUCCAGCUGUCCACCGGACUUCCAUUCUUAUUUUCUUAAAUUAGUCGAAGUACCUUCUCAGGAGAGCAAAGAGGCAGAGCCUCGAAUCGAUCGUCUACGCUCUGUCACUGCCACGGGAAAUGAAUGCCUCGUGUGGCGAAAUUCAAGGAGCUGGAAGUAGUGUCGAUCGGCCUAGAUGCUCAAAAAAAAAAAAGAGAGAGGAAGGAAAGGAAGAUAAAGGGCCACGAUGACACGAUGCAACUGAGAUCUCGAAUUGAACACGGCGCCGUAAAGUUCUUUUUUUACCAAUCGAAAAUGGAAAAAAUAAAGAUUGAAGAAGUCUUUCGCGAUCACCUCACUCGAUUCGUCGUUAAAAAGUUACGCAAAAGCAUACUGCCAAAAAAA